CGGUUGUCUGGCUUGGCACUGGUGGGUAGAGAUAAAACACUGGCCUUGUCCGCACGCACGCAAACACCCACGCACACUCCCCUUAGACUUGGUUCCCUUAUUUCUUCCCCUUCUAUCCAUUUACCCUCUCCUCCGAAUCCAUUGGUUCCGUACUCAUGGAGGCUCUGUUGGCGCACUCCUUUGACUACCUCUCUUCGUACGAGCCCAGCAAAGUACGCAAAGGGCUACGCCAGGUCGAAGGGCUCCUCGCACAAAUAUGCCUGGCCAAGUCGAAACAGCCGGUGUCUGACAAACGCCGGUCCUUACUGUCGUUCGGGGGUCCACAACUCGUCCCGAAAUCCCUGUCUGAACUCGAAGAUGACCUCGCUUUUCGGGAAUUUUUCAAGUUGCAGGAGGGGUUUCAAUGGAAUGUCGGCAUGCGCCUAGUCAUCUGUCUCGAGCAUCUCCUAGGCCGAGGCAGUAACGGAACCAACGAUCUCCUCAUCCUCGCUACCCUCGACCUCAUCCAAGGGGCGCUGCUCCUGCACCCGCCGUCGCGGACCCUGUUCGGGCGCGAGAUUUACAUGAACCUGCUCCUGGACCUGCUCGACCCGAUCAAUUGCCCGGCCAUCCAGUCCGCCACCCUGUUGACCCUGGUGACGGCGCUGCUCGACCAUCCCGCCAACACGCGCACGUUCGAAGAAUUGGACGGUCUGCUCACGGUGACGUCGCUAUUCAAACAGCGCGCCACGUCGCGGGAGGUGAAACUCAAGCUGGUCGAGUUUCUCUACUUUUACCUGAUGCCGGAAACUCCAUCGCGGCCCGGCACCCCGGGCACCCCUCCGGGCCUACAGCGCAACCCCAGCAAGAUGUCGCGAAGUUCCCACAGCCCUCCGGGGCACAGAAAUUCCCGGGGGCCUCGCGACACUCGCACCACCGACGAGAAACAGGCCUUACUGGGACGAUACCUCAACAACGUCAAAGACCUGGUAGAGGAUCUCAAAGAAACGGCCCCGUUCGGAGCGACGGUGUGCUGACGUUUAUGAUCUGAGUCCGCAUGUAUAAUGAGCACGAGCAUGAGCAUGACGCACGACUGGCAAUGUUUCUUUUGUCAUGGUUCUUACUUUCUAUCACCCUCCUUGCUUUAUUUUUCUUUCCAUUUCCCUUUCUAUUCCCCUUUUCUUCUUCCCCA